AUGUGUCUGAAAGAGCAGGAUAUACCAAAGCGUGAUAAGGCCACUAUUGAUGCCUCUACAAGUAGAAUUAAUAGCUUACUUUUCAAGGUGAGAUCCCUUCGGAUGAGUGGCUCUUGUGCAUUGGAUCUUUGUGGGAUUGCAUGUGGAAGGCUUGAUCUUUUUUAUUUACAGGGAUUCGGGGGGCCUUGGUAUGUCUUUGUUUCUAUUACUUGA